AUGGGUAAUAAAAGUGGAAUAUCAACGAAGACGUGUCCUUAUUGUGAUGGAAAACGCUAUUACAAAUAUUACUUGUUAUGUUUAUGUCACGAAGUUAUUCGAGAUCCUGAUAAUUCUAUGAAAAUGACAAAAUAUAUUAAAAUAUCAUGUCGUCAAGAUCCAUCUGAUCUUGUUCAUCAUGAUCCUGGUGGUGGGAGAGUAAAAUGUUUUUUUUGUAAAGGAAAGGGUCACGUUGAUUGUAAUAAACAUGGAUAUUAUAUAAAUCAUGAUACAAAAUUACCUCGUACUACUCGAGAAUUAGAUGAAUAUUUGGUUCGUGCAGUUGGCAAUGGAAAAUAUUUGAAACGAUGGUUAAAUGACAAAGAAUGGAAAAAAAGACGACAAAAUGUUAAAAAUAAUCUGACAAAUUAUAAACCUAAUAUAGUUACUUCAAACGAAUAUGUACGAUGA